AUGUGUGAUCAAUUGGAGAUUCCAGGGGAAUCGCGGCGGUGGGUGCUGAAGCGACACCGUAUCCUAGGCAAGGGUAGUUUUGGCUGUGCAACGCUGUACGAGGAGGUGGAUGCACCCGGUAGGUUUGUUGUUGUGAAGGAUAUAAACAUGCAGACAAUGAAGAAGGAUGACGAGAUGAAGUCGUUUGAAAUGGAGGUGGAAAUUCUCCGGCGCUCGCGUGGACACCCAAACAUUGUCCACUUUCUUGACUACUACCACGACGGGGCGUUUAUGAUUUACAUUGUCAUGGAGUACUGCGCGGGGGGUGAUCUGGGGCAGCUCGAGGAAAAAAUGCAGUACCGUGCGUCGCAUCAACCCGAAAGGUUUGUCGCCUCUAUUCUGAUUCAGAUGCUAGCUGGCCUGUACUACCUCCACGUGGAUCAGCACACGCUGCACCGCGACAUCAAACCGCAGAAUGUGUUCCUCUGCACCGAUGGCGCCCUCCGUAUCGGCGACUUUGGUGUCUCGACGGUUCUCGGUCAGUACGGUGCACGGGCGAAGGCGGUGUGCGGCUCUCCGUUUUACAUGGCACCAGAGUUGUGCGAGGAAAGGGCGUACGAUAGCAAGGCGGAUCUCUGGAGCCUUGGAGUGAUGAUGUAUGAGUUGAUGGCGCUCGAGCGGCCGUUCAACGCGGUGUCUGUUCCCGCACUGAUACGGCAAAUCACUCAAGGUGUAUUCAACCCCAUCCCGCGCGAUCUCCCCUACUCCGCCCCGCUGGUGGAGAUGGUGGAGUCGUUUCUGCAAACCUCGCCAACGGCCCGGCCAACGCUUCGACGCGUGCUGCGAAGCGCCUACGUCCGGAGCCAUCUGGACUGUGUUCCACCUAGCUGCCUCGCCUCGACUCACUACGCGCAGCUCUUCGGGGAGGAGCUUCUGCAGGAAGUUGUAAGGAGCCAUGAGGCGGUGCCAACCGCCACAUGCAUCGUUACCAGCGCUGGCAGCAGCAACGCCGCCUGUUUGCAGGCGGUGUCAAGGGAACAGGGUAACAAAGGCCGCGGCAAUUACGCAUUCGGGCCCCACGCACAUGGAGAGGUCAAUGAACUAGAAAUGUGGUUGGAGUCGAAUGGAACCAUUACCGACGCCCUCGCCAACGCAGAGCCGCCCCGACUUCGAGUUGAUGAGCAACAAAUGCCAAAUCCCCCGUCGCCCACGGGAAAUGCGGUGGAAAUGCGCCAUGUGACUUCAGACGACGCAAAAAAAAACCAAUCCACUACUGGGCUACAAGAACAAAAAUUGCUGGCGCAAAACGGUGGGGCGGAGGACUUAUACGAGGACGACUUUGAGAGCGAGAAUGAUGAGUGA